AUGGUGAUUGCCGGAGCACCUGAGCCGUCGCCAGAGCUCGUUGCCGCCUGGUCGGCUGUGGUCGCCAAUCCUCCGGUGGAGCCCGAAAGGGCGACCAUGGCGACGAAGCCCCCUCUACCGCCGGCUCCGAAACCCGUGACAGCAGUCUCUGAAAAGACUCCCCCCCACGCACCCGCGGAUCCCCUUGCUGGGUCGGAGGCAGGACCGUCCGCUCCCGCUGCUGUUCCGUCUGCUCUGCCUGCGGCACCCGGCCCCCUGGCUCCCCUUGUCGAGCCGUCGGCGUCCGCCCCUGCUGGGGGUGUUGCAGAACCCCCGGCACCUGUCCCUGGCGCCCCUGCUGCGCCGACCGCUUCUGUCCCCUGCCUGCCUGCGCAGGCCUCUGCUUCGUCACCAAAGGUGGCGUCCGCCACCACUGGCGGGCUGGCUCCGUCUGUUGCGCCUGCGGCAGCGGGCCAGUCCGCCCCUGCUGUGACGGCGGUGGCUCCUGCAGGCCAGCCGUCGCGCCCUCCGUCGCCUGACCGUCGCUCGUCACGCCCCCAUUCCCCCGCUCACCAUCAGGACCGCAGGUCCUCUCGUCGCCGGCGUGAGUCUCCACGGCGGUACCAGCAACAGUCGCACUGGCCUGCUCACCCCGGGGGUCAGGGGGAUUGGAGGGGUCCCCGUGCUUUUGGCGGGGCCCACGAGGCUCCCCGUCCAGCUGCUCUCCCUCCGAACCUGCAGCCUGUUGCUGCGCCUCCCCCUCAGAUCCAAGCGCCACCUGCUCCUUCUCCCGCUGUAUCGGCAUCUGCUCCCGGUUCUCGUCUCCAUCUGCCGCCGCUUCCGCCCGUUGCGGGAGUGGAGUUUGUGGCCGCGGGUGGCGGCUCGUUGGCGGCUCCGUUUGCUCUCCCAGCUGAUGCUGAUGAGCCGCUCCAGUUCCUAGCGGAGGCACUCCAGCCUCCACAAACCCGUGUUCCCGAGGCAACUCUCGGACAGCUACACCGCCUCGCUGACAGUCUCCAUGCUCUGCUGCUGAUUCAGGUGCUGGCCCACUCGUCUCUCCCUGUGAUCCCUCCUGAGACGUUCCGUGGCCGCCAGCGUGACUCUUGCCUGGACGCGGCGGACCAGCUCGCGGUGCUGCUGGCGCCCGUGCUGGCUGCGCCCGCGGAGGGAGGCGCUGCUGCUGCGGGACAGCUUGACGAGGCUGUCCGGGGCCUGCGGCGGCACUUCCGUGCAGGAUCUGGAGUCGCGGCGAUCGGCGCAAGCACGCUUGUGGUCCGGGAGCUGUGGCGCUCCCUGACGGGCGUUCUUCACGCCCUUGGAGCUCACCGCAUGUAG